AUGGCCGGGGAUAAGAAACAGGUCGAUCCCACGAAGUCGUUCAUCGCUGGUGGUACCGCAGGGGCCAUCGAAGGCGUGAUCACCUACCCGUUUGAGUUUGCCAAAACCCGGCUCCAGUUGAUCGAUAAGCUGUCCAAGCUGAGUCGUAACCCCUUGGUGCUUAUCUACAAUGUGGCCAAGACUCAAGGGGUGGGCGCAUUGUACGUGGGGUGUCCCGCCUUUGUUGUUGGUAAUACUGUUAAGGCGCUGGUGCGGUUCCUUGGGUUUGACUACAUCAAGCUGUUGUUAGCCGACAAGAACGGCAAGUUGAGUGGUCCUCGUGGGGUGGUCGCCGGUCUUGGUGCCGGUCUUCUCGAGUCGGUAGUGGCGGUGACGCCGUUUGAGGCGAUCAAAACCGCCCUCAUCGAUGACAAGCAGCUGCCACACCCCAAGUACCAAAACGGGCUCAUUUCGGGGUCGGUGAAGCUCUGUCGCGACUUAGGGGUGAGAGGGAUCUACGCCGGGGUGGUGCCGGUGUCGUUGCGUCAAGCGCUGAACCAAGCGGUGCGGUUGGGGUCAUACAAUGCCCUCAAGACGAUGAUCCAGCAGGCCCUGGGCAAAAAGCCCACCGACCCGUUGUCGGCGGCGGCCACCUUUGCCGUGGGUUCGUUUGCUGGCGUCAUCACCGUGUACACUACCAUGCCCAUUGACACCGUCAAGACGAGAAUGCAAGCGCUCGGCUCGGAGAAAUUAUACAAGAACACCCUCGACUGCUUCGUCAAGAUCUUCAAGAACGAAGGGCUUUUGACCUUCUGGAGAGGGGCGACGCCAAGAUUGGGCCGGUUGGUGUUGCUGGGGGGUAUUGUGUUUACCAUCUACGAGAAGAUGUUGAUCAUCUUAAACUAG